AUGCUCCCCACAGAUUCUGCCCGCCGCAGCGGCAGACGCAAACCCGACCUCAGCAUCGACACGUCGCCGCCCCUUCGGCCGUCACGCUCCAGAGACCGCAUUGGAAUCCCCCAUACGCCUAUUUCAUCCCAUAAGGACGGCCUCGCUCCGGCUGCUCCUAUCAUUCCCGCUGGCGGCGGGCCUUCCGGCAGGAGCAAGGCCGACAUCGAGACGUUCCUCGAGGGCCUGACCCCCGUCGAUGUUCCUCCGAUCGACAUGACCAACCCGAUUCCCAUUGAGCACGAUUCCCCGUCAUCCGAUCCCGACAACUGUCCCACCAACGACCGAGACUCGACAGACUCGCACGAUCUGUCACUCUCGCCCCGUAACGUCACGCGCGAUUCGCUCGUGGCGAACAUGCUGCUGUCCCUGGACAAGCUUACUCUGGGCCAGCUCGAUUCAUCGUAUGGCCCCUCGCGCUCUGUGUUUGACGAGCCUCCCAUUUACUCUCCUUUCCACAGCGACGACCGCGACCCGCGGUCCAUGACCUUUGCCUCGCGUUCCGGUCGCCCGGGCCAUCAGUACUCGUACAGCUCCGACUUCGACGCCGCAGACGACUCUAGCAGGCUGUCGUCCCGUGGCCGCCGCAGCAACAGCGGCUCCGGCUUCCAAACCGGCAUUGGGCGCAUCAAUAGCAUGCGUGAGACCUCCCAGCGCAGCCCCGGUCGUGUCUUGCACUCGCGUGGCCGCAAGGGCAGCAAGAGCAGCAGUAGCACAAGCAUUGACGCUGGUUACGCACAGGUAUUGGGUAGCCAGCGUUGGACCAGGGGUUUCGGUGGAAGACCAUCGAGCUUUGACGGUGAACCGCAGCCAUCUCCUGCUGCGUGGCAGCUUGAGCUCUCCAAUUCUUUCUUCAACGACGGCUUCGACGCCGCUCCGACCCCUACCGUCCCCGGCGGGCCUCGUAAGCUAAAUAACGUGCCCUCAUUGCCCAUCAUGCCUGCUCCUCCUCCUCCUCCUCCUCCUCCUCCCCCCCCGGAACCAAAGUCCGAGUUGAAGCCUUCUUCCAAGGGCGGAAGCUCGGCCCUCCCCCGCAGUGGGAGGUCUUCCCGGAGCUCUACCAUCGCCCGCAAAACCGAAAAGUUCACCUCUCCUCGUGAACCCCCUCCCAUUCCGACAUACGACUUUGACUCCGCCCCGGCUCCGCAUAUUGGCUAUGAAAAGUCCAAGGAUGCUCAGCUGUCUACCGCAAACAACACGACGAAGGAGAGCAAGCCCGGUUUCUUCCGGAGGAUGUUUGGAUCGGCGAAGUCAGUUGUCCCGAGCAGUGUCUCAACCCCCCAACUAGCCUUCCCAUCAUUGCAGGCCAAGAGUUCCACACCUCCGUCCCGCGAGGGCGUGGUCUCGGCCGCGCACACACUGCAAAAGAAAACCUCUUCGUUCUUCCGGAGAAGGAAACACUCUGUCACAGAGACAGACCACCCUCCUCCUGUGCCCCCUGUACCACCUGUGAAGCUUCCGCUCGAUAAGCCAGAGCCCAGCCCGAUGCCGAGUCUCCGCCGGGCUAUGGACCCGUUCCUGCAGGGCAGCUCUGGAACCUCGGCCGCUCAGACGCCUGCCGACACGCCAUUGCCCUCUGCUGAGAACCCGCUUGACACAGUGCAACAUCAGCACGAGCAGACAACCCCACGCCGCCCGACCGACGACGAAGCUCGCAAACCCACAAGAGGCUUCUCGCCCGACUACGACCCAAGUCCGAAGGCUGUCAUUCGCAAGGUCGACUCGGAACCCGUCAGUGGUCAGGGCUCCCGCCCCGUCGCGACCACCCCCCAUCGGUCAGGCCUGGAACCUGAUGUCGGUUCGCCGCCGCAGUCGUUCCUUCGGGACAAUAGCGACAGCGAAGACAGCCCAGUCCGGCAACGGAAGACGCCUUGGUCCGAGAGCCGUGAACAGGGCCUCCGGCCAGGUCCAGACCCGGAUAUCUUGCGGACCCGGACGCCCUCUCCAGUCAUGUCUAAGUCCAAGAGCGUGCCCAACCUCAACCGGGCGAGAGAGGAAGCUCGCCCGCGCCCUGGUCAGAGCAAGCGGCCGCCUUCGGUCACUAGGAAUGACCGUAGGGACUCGAACCUGCUCGAUGCGGGCGGCGAGACGAUGUACAAGCCCAGCCUGCCGAGCCUGAGGAUCGAGAGCGCCGAGCCAAGCCCCAAUGGCAUGGGCGCGGGCGAGUCGGUAAACCAGUCGGCCAAGUCCAUCGACGAGCCCGAAGUUAUCGUCGGUGACCCAACCGAAGAUGACCGCCAGAAGGCUCGGAAGAUUUUCGACGGCAAUGAGGACUUCAUCUCCAAGGACCGCGCUGCGGCCUGGAUGGGUGAAGAAGGAACUGUCCGCCAGCGGACCCUGCGUGCCUUCAUGGAGCUCUUUGACUUCGAGGGUCAGAGCAUUGUUGCUAGCUUGCGCCAAGUCUGCGAGAGGCUCCUCUUGAGGGCUGAGACGCAACAGCUCGAUCGGAUUUUGGUCGCCUUUUCGAAGCGCUGGUGCGAGUGUAACCCGAACCACGGGUUCAAAUCAGUCGAUGUCAUCCACACGAUCUGCUACUCGAUCAUGCUCCUCAACACCGACCUGCACAUGGCCGACAUCGAGAAGAAGAUGACGCGCAGUCAGUUCGUCAAGAAUACCAUGACGACCAUCCGGCAAGCUCUGGAAGACUCAGCCCCCGAAGCUUUCGAAAAACCGAGCAUUCUACCAGGCAAGAGCGCACUCGGCGAAGCUGAGCCCCGGACUUCGGAAGAUCACAAGCACAAUAGCUUCCGCUAUUCCUUCAAGCCGCCGCCGAGACCAACUUCUGCCCUGGGCAACAUGGGGGACCACGCUGCCACGGAGAGCUGCGGCCCGCUGGUUAAGGCUCCCUUCGAUGGGUCCCUUCGCGAUUGGGAAGAGCAAGUCGAGAUUGUGCUCAAGAACAUCUACUCGUCCAUCCGCGACGAUCGUCUGCCGCUCCUGGGCGGUGCCGAGCCCAGCCCGAUGCACACGCCCAAUACCCUGUCCGUCAUGGGCAUGCUGAGGCGGUCUCCGAGCGUUCUUAGCAAGGCGCCCUCGGAGGGUGUUGCCUCUACCCACCGCGGUAGGAUGCCGGUGGCUGGCCCGCCGUCGAGCUCGUCGCGGUGGAACUCGAAGAGCCGGUCGCGCCCGCGUGGCUUUGGCACGGGCUUCUCGUCCAGCAGGACAAGCUUCGAGGAUUCUAACUCAGUCUGGAGUCCGACUGAGUCCUCGGCCACGUGGAGCAAGCUGUCGCUGGGCCGCACCCACACUUCCAUGUCUAUGGACUCCUUUGGGUCUGCGUACCCGCGCGGUGAGUAUCAGCAGUCAAUUGGCUUUGCCAAUGCGCUCAGCCAGGCUAUCAUCCGCGAGGAUAAUCCGGAUGACCACAAGGAUGACAUCAGACAUGAUCAGCUGCUCGAGGAUGAGUCGCUUGAACUGGCAGGCCCGCCAUGGGUCAAGGAAGGCAUCGUCGUUCACAAGCAUCACCUCGACGGUAUUGACAAGAAAGCCAAGGAUCGCAACUGGACCGAGGUCUUUGCCGUCAUUCAGAAGGGCCAACUCAGCCUGUUCUCCUUCUCUCCCAACAAGUCGCUGCGCAACAAGGGUCGUCGCGGCCCGGGCCACAAUAACAGUUUACCCAAGGGCGCUGUUGUUGGCGGCGGUAACUGGCAGGAUAAUGCUACUAAUCUUGGUACCUUCUCGCUUCGCCAGACGCUGGCCUCGGCUCUGCCCCCGCCGGGCUACUCACGCACCCGUCCAUAUGUCUGGGCACUCUCACUGCCUACCGGUGCAGUUCACCUGUUCCAGGUUGGCACUCCUGAGAUCUGCAAGGAGUUUGUCAAUACAGUCAACUACUGGAGUGCGCGUCUCAGCACACAUCCCCUCACUGGCGGUGUCUCCAACAUUGAGUAUGGCUGGAGCGAUGCUGUCAUCAACAGUGUGCAGCGCACCAGCACCAACGAUGGCGUAGCGAACCGGCCCGCGAGCAGCACCAAGGGCCACUCUCGCCCUGGCAGCUCUGCCACUGCAGCCAUCACAGCCGGUCGCUCGUCCAUGCAAUCCGGCCGCAGCAUGCGCUCGGCCUCUUUCGACUUUCCCGUCCGUCCUGGCUCCGGCAGCUCUGGUGUUCUAGGCGGCACUCUCCCCCGCCACUUCACUAACUCCUCCAACCCUGGUAUUUCCUCCUCCAGCUCCGGCAAGAACGAAGGUAAGCUCCCCGGCGACCGCAUCCACAUCGUGGAUUGGACCCCUCCGCCGCAAUCCAUGCGCGCCAGCCCCCUUUCCGAAGCCGAACAACUCGCAUCUCUCGAAGCCUACGUGCGCAGCAUCGAAACCGAGCUCCAAACCCACAACGCCCUCCGCGGGCCGAUGCUCCAGGCCUUCUCCCCGCGCAGCGCCAACGCCGCUAAGGCCAUGGCCAACUGGGAGCGCAAGAGCGAGUACCUCCUGCGCGAGAGUGUCAAGUUCCGGACGUAUGUCGAGAGUUUGCGAUUCGCGGAGCAACGGAAGCGGGAGGUGUAUGAGGAGCGGGAACGGGCAAGGAGGGCCGCGAGGGGAGAGGAUGUGGAUGACUUAGAUGAGGCGGAGAAGGAGCAACAGAAGAAGGAGGGGGAGGAGAAGGAGGAUGUUGUGGUGGAUGUUGAGGCACUUAGGGAGGUCGGGGAGUACCUUAAGAGGGUGCAAAAGGAGGAGGAUGAGAAGAAAGACGGGGUCGUGGCUGAGGGCGGUGGGGUGCAGGUUACUGUUGGGUCAGUGCCUUGA